AUGGUGAAGCCAUCUGAAAACUCUCAACUUUUCAAGGAUAUCCAGCUUAUUGUUGUUCCUGGUGCCUUAACGAAGGUUGCUUCAUAUAGGAAGGCGAUCUGGAGGAAGCAAGGGGCAACUGUUUCCUUCAGACUUUCGCAGGUAAAACCAGAAAAAGACGUUUACAUUAUCUGUGAAACUGAGGAAUAUGAAACGGAACCUGAAAAGGUGCUGGAAAAGCUCAAAGUUGAUAAUGUGAAAUAUCCCAUUGUGAAGUUGGAUUGGCUGACUGAUUCUGUGAGAGCGCAAAAGUUGUUGCCGACCGAGAACUAUGUAUUGAAGGUAGAGCCAAAAUUGCGAGACCAACACACAUCUAUUUCUGCCAAAGAUAUUUUGAAGGGCAAAAAGAGAAACUUUGAAGAAUCUCGUGGUUCAUCGGCUGACCUGACAGAUGAUGAUGAGCCUCAUGAGGAGGAAGGCAUUGAGCAAGGGAAACUUGUGGGGAUUCUUAGGGGAAGUCGUGAUGAAGGUGAAUCGGAUCCCAAUGCUCUUGUGUUGUAUCGCUUGGGGCAGAUGGCAGAUGAGUACAAAGGUUCUGGAAGAUCUGGAGUUUCGAACUUUAAAGCACUCAGUUACCGUCGUGCCAUAAAUUCCAUCAGACAACAUGGCAAGAAAUUAAAAACCUAUGAGGACGCCAUCAAACUGCCCGAUGUUGGAGACGGGAUUGCCAGAAAAAUUGAAGAAAUCAACAGGACUGGCCAAUUGCAUCAGCUAGAUGAGGUCAGAAAUGAUGAACAUUUGAUGGUGGUAAAAACCUUUCUCCAAAUUUAUGGCGUGGGUAUGUCACAGGCUCAAGAAUGGUAUAAUCGGGGUUACCGAGAAACUGCGGAGAUUGAAAAGAAUGAAAAAGAUAAGCUAUCUGGAGUGCAGAGGCUGGGUCUAAAAUACCUUUAUGAUUGGUCACAGCGUAUUCCACGUGCUGAAGUAGCUGAACACGAGGCUUUUAUCAAACAAAUUUCCCGUGACAUUGAUCCUGAUUUUGAGGUAGAUGCCGUUGGAUCUUACGCUCGCGGUGCCGAAAAUAGUGGAGAUGUGGACUUCAUCGUAUGCAAAAAGGACAUUGACGAUAAGGGUAUACUGGGUCAUUUUCUUUAUGACUUAGUAUCACGAUUGCAAGAAAAAGAGUACAUCAAAUGUUCGUUGAUCAACAUUGAAGUGAAAAAUAAGGCUAGAAUCCGGAAGUUUUACGGGGGAGGCCAGCUGAAAGGUCACCAGUUUUGUCGUCGUAUAGAUUUUCUGCUCGUGCCAUGGAGUGAGCGUGGGGCAGCAAGCAUAUACUUUGUUGGAGACGAUCUCUUCAAUAGGACAAUACGCAGUUUGGCUAUGCAGAAGCAUAUGAAACUGAACCACAAAGGACUGUUUAAGGACAAACGUGAUUCUAAAGGCCACUUUGACUACUCUGUUGAAAACAGAAUCGAAGCGGCCGACGAGAAAAGGAUAUUUGAAAUUCUAGGAGUUAACUGGAUUCCUCCGGAGCAGAGAAAUCUUGGAAAGAUAAGUUCUCCUGGAAACGUUAUCAAAGAGAGCGGAAUCAUUGGGUAA